CUACUCGUUUAUUUAAAUGUAUGUAUUUGCUCACUCACAAUUACGUUGGGAGCACUUAUCAAUCCCCAAUUUAAACUUUCGAAAACAGACAAGACCAGCGGGCCCAUUCAAAGACAGCACAGCCUACUUCAUACAGAAGACACCACUUAAUAUAAUUAAGUUGUAAAUGGAACUCCCUGAACACAACAGAACCGACCGCCCCACAUUCAAUUGAAAAUGGUUCGACAUAUUAAUACACGGCGGCUCUUGUACGGUGGCAAGAAUAGGUUUGGUGUUUUAAAUAGCUGGAUAUUCUUUGGAGUGUUAUUUUUUUUGCUUAUUCUGUUGUAUCAGAGAGAUGCAACCAGCGCAGAUAUUUUUGUGACACCGCCCCCUCGUCCGCGCAUCUUCUGUGUAAUUGUCACUUACGCGUACCGUCACGAACAUGCCGCCAUCCACAUUCAAAAGACCUGGGCUCGGCAUUGUGAUCGGUAUGUGUUCGUCAGUGACGAUGUGCAUAUUUUGUUGGAGCCCGCCGUCUUUAGGAAUAUUGGGGAUAAAUGGCAGCGGAUACGGGCACAUCUGGAAUACAUCUACAAGUAUCAUUUCCAUCAAGGAGACUGGUUUCUCUAUGCCAACGAUGAUAAUUUUGUGGUUGUGGAAAAUCUUCGGCAUAUGCUGCAGUCCUAUAGCUCAGAAGAGCUCAUAUACUUUGGCUGCAAGAUGAGAAGCAAGGGGAGAAGCCAGGCUUUGGUUUACAUGUAUGAUGGCUCUGGAAUUGUGUUAAGUUCUGCAAGUCUGAAGCGGUUCGUGCUCGAGGCAUUAAUCAAUGAAGACCUAUGCAGUUCUCAUAGUAGAGGCAGUGAGGCUGCGAAAGAGCUGGGUCGAUGCCUAAGCAAUGUCAAUGUUAUAGCCGGCGACAGCCGAGACGAGUUUAAAAAACAUCGAUUCCUGCCCUUCGAAGUGGACAUACACUUGGGUGGGCAGAUGAAUGACUCCGUUGAGCUGCACAAAUACUUCCUGGAGCAUUCCUACCAUCCGGUUAUUGAUAUGAACCUGCCUGUCUCACUGAAAUCGAUAUGCUUUCAUUUAAUGCUGAUUCCUAUAACAUAUGAUUUAUAUUAUUUCACUCAAAAUGUUCACAUCUUCGGAGCGUCACAGAAAUGGGACCUCGAAAAUUUGGCUCAAGACUAAG